AUGUCUAGGUCGAAGUGGUCAUGGGGAAGCAAAACGGGCUCAGGUGCGCCAGGCCUUUCGUCUGAUACAUUGGACCACCUCCCGCUAGAGGUAUUCGAGCUCAUCGCCAGUACCCUCGCCAGAACUGACCCCCAAACACUUGUGAACCUUGCCCUUACCAGCAAAACCUACUGGGCCUGGUGCCAACCAGCGAUCAAAUCCGUCUUUUUCCAUGAUAUCAAGAUACGGGUGGAACACGGAGAUCUGGCCGAUCAGACAGAAAAGCUGACCACAAAGCUUCGCCAGGCUGACGCACUCCCGUAUGUUCGUCGGCUCCUCAUUACCGGCCAACCGAGCUAUUCCCAUCCCGUUUAUUCCCCGGAAUACCCGAUCUAUGAGUGGGAGAAACCGGUAAUGAAAGUUCUCCGACAGUCCGAUAGCUCAGAUUUCCGGUGGACACAGUUCGGUUGUCUCAGUGAGGAGGUACCUCCGUUGAGGGAUUGCGGAUCCAUCCACAAAGACGACUGCCACUGGGGAGCUGUGGCCAGUUUGAUCAAGGACCUACCUGCCUUAAGGGAUUUGGUGUACCGUCCAGAUGAACAAUUCCCACCCUGUCUUCUUGAUGCGCUACAUAACUACCAGCCUAGCUGUCGGCUUCAUUUACAGACGUUCAACCUCGGCAACGUCCAAGAAGAUGCAACCGAUUCUUACGAUUACAAGCUGAUAACAUCGCCAUCGCUGUACAGCAUCAUGACGACUAACUGGUCCCGGCGAAGGAACACGCCAUUGCCUAUAUCACUCGGCCACAAGAAAGCUCUCCGUCGUGUGCUGGGGUUGGCGCCCAGAUUGAAAGAUGUAUACUGGCAUUAUAAAGAUCAUUAUACUGCUCUCUCAAAUAGUUGGUCAGAUCCUUCAUGGGACAAAUUUCCGGAUGAGAAAGAUGCGGCUCGUCUUCCCCUUGCGGCACUGACAUGGCUCAGAAUCAAGUGUUCCGGUUUGCUGAGAGACACCGCGCUUUCCGGAUGGGCCGACCACACGGAUUUCUCUGUUCUGGAAAGACUAGAACUGUCAAGUGUAGCAGGGGCAGAGGUAUUGGAUAAUUGGUCUAUGAACCUCUCUUUUCCAUCGCUGCAGGCCUUUCUCAUAAAUUUGGGCGAGACGAAGACACCCGAGUUCUAUCAGGCCUCUCUGCGCUUUCUGCGCAGUCUACCACCAUUAUUGGAACUACAUCUGGAGGGAUGGCAUCCCCUAGUUUCCAUGGAUUCGCUGGUAGACCAGCAUGGAUCUCGUUUGCGCAAACUAGUUCUGUCAGGCACUAGCAAAGCACAGAACUGCUUGAACGAGAGCAGCAUUCUCCAGAUUGGAAGCCACUGUCCAUUUUUGGAGGAAUUACAGAUCACAAUCAAGCGUUCGCAGGGUGAUGCGGCCGAGGUGGCUUUAUAUCGAGCCCUAGGGACCAUACGCCGCCUCAAAUUCUUGACAUUGGCGUUGAACGCGUCGGACCCGGCACUCAUAGAGACAGAGAACAUGGAAUAUCAUGGUGGAACACCUACCGAUCCAUCCUUUGACGAGUUCGACAACCAGAUCUCCAAGAGGAAUAUUGGCACGUUCUACCGAAGCCGCAAUGGACAUGUCAGAAGAGUAUUGAUCAACAGCGCCGUCGACGAAGACCUCAUGAACGGGAUUUUUAAUACCAUCUCGUCAAGCAAGCGCUCGGAUGUACUCCUUGAGGAACUGGCCAUUGAGGUUGUAAACGAACACAAUAAUAUGAGCUUUGCAAAUUUGCUCGCACACAGGUGGCUCGUAAAACGUGACUGGCGCUAUUCUCACCGCAGCGAGCUGCUGAUCAAUGAAGUGGGAGUCAGUGAGAAUACGUGGAAGAUGCGCCGGGCUCCUUUGUAUUGUCACAGAUGGCACGGGGAGAUCGUUUGCCGCAUUUGGCCUAACAAAAACAAAGCUCGGAGACAGAAGGGUGCGAUCAAGCUUGCGGCAAAAGAUUGGCUCAAGACGAGAAUAUCAAUGAAGGGUCCGUGGUGGGAUUAUUGGCAUAGCUUUCCCCUUGCGACAGAGGAGCCUUAG